AGAGUAAAAUAGUAAAUCUAUCAAUCAUAUUCAUCAAUGGCGUCGACGAACCCUCAGCCGGUGGCUGCACUGCAUAACGUGUUUGUCUACGGCAGCCUCUUAGCUGACGACGUCGCUCGUGUCCUCCUGAAUCGUGUCCCUGCUUCGUCGCCGGCCAUCCUCCAUGACUACCAUCGGUUUAGCAUCAAAGGAAGAGUUUACCCAGCAAUCCUACCUAUUGAAAAUAAGCAAGUAUCUGGGAAGGUUCUUUCGGGCAUUACUCCUUUUGAGUUGCAUAUUCUCGAUGAGUUUGAGGAUGUUGAGUAUGAAAGGCAGACUGUCGAUGUUUAUUUGAUGGAUAGCUCUGAAAAGUUGCAGGUAAGCACUUAUGUUUGGAGCAACAAGACUGACCCAAAGCUAUAUGGAGAGUGGGAUUUUGAGGAAUGGAAACGCUUGCACAAGGAAGAAUUUAUAAAGAUGUCACUUGGUUUUAUGGAAGAACUGCAGCUACCUGAAUCAAAGCCCAGGGUGACAACUUAUGAAUCUUUCUUUCAGCCAAAAAAUGAUGGUCAGAGUUGAGCACCUUGACAUGAAUCCUUAACAUCAUGCUUCGUGGAUCAUGACGGGUGAUUCAUUCAUAUGUGCUGCAAUUUAUACAGUGUAUAUAAUUAGCCUAUGAACUUGGGCUUUAUUUGGGGGCCACUAUCUAAGCAGUUGCAAUAGGAGCUAAAAUAACACCAGAGUGGUUUCAUUUGCCUUGAUCAUGGAACCUGUCCUUGACAUGGCCAGCAAUAUACAGUAUCAAAUUCUCCAUCUUCAAUUUUCAAUAAUUUUUUUGCUCAAAUUUGUAUGAAGCAUAUGCAUUGUUAUAAUGGCAUUCACUGAUGCGAUGUGGUCCACAUAUUUACAUAGUAUACCGCAAGCCUUGUGCUAUUCGAUUC